AUGGCUCCCGUGGGUGUGCCGGUACGCGUCCGUGCACCCGCCGCGGACAAGGACGCGAUCCACGGCAAGAAAGAAAAGCGCGAGCGAGGCGUCUCGUUGGACCUCGGCUCGUCGGAAAGGCCGCAACGCGAAGAUGAAGACCGCGAGGGCGGCAUCGAUAAGCCCGACACGCCCGGGCCCUUCGGAUCACCGCCCGCGCGCUCUCCGCUCCCCAAGCGGCUGAAGAUGCGCCUCGAGAGGCAGGAGUUGCCCGCCGAGGACAUCGCGGCGCGCGUCGACGCGAGACUCGCCGCGGCGGAGCGCAAGAGGGAGGUACGCGCCCGCACAAAAAAGCCAAGUCCCCGGUCCUGUCUCAAGUCCCAGUCAGCACCGGAAGAAAACGGUCGCGAGACAAGACGUUUCUCGAGUUGCCAAACCAAAGAAAACCAAAACUUUGCCUCGGAGGAGGCGCUCGAGCGGACGCGCGCCAAGGCCAGGGCGGCGUCGCUUCGCGUGCGCAGAGCCGCGGUGAACCGCGCGAGGCACCAGUCGGAACUCGCCGAGGCGCACCGCCGAAAGAUGGACGCAGCUUCCGCGAACCGAUCUUCUUUCCUGGAGCGCCGGCGGACGGUCGCGCGGCGCCUGGCGGCGGGCGCGCGCCACCGCGCGGAUGACGACGACGACGACGACGACGCGUCAUCGCCGCGCGCACCCGCCCCCUCCCCCGACGCCGCCGCGGACUCGAUACGCCGCGCGUGGCUCUCGUUCAGGAGCGAGGGCGGCACGACCGAGGCUGUCGCGUCGAGAUACCGCCACCUCGGCCUGUCCAGUGCGACCGCGGUGUCGUCGGUCGACUUCGACGCCUUCGCCCGCAGGCUGUCCACGCCGAGCGUCCUGCGCGCCACCCGCGCGAUGCUGACGCGCGCGCAGCACAGGCUCGCCGCGCGCGGGCGGGAUCGGCCGUCCGCCGGCGCAUCCACGGGCGGCGCGGCGGUCACCCCGGGUCACCGACGGUUUCUGCCGCCGAGGUCGGCAAAGGAAAAUAACCCAAACGGCGCUCUCGAUCGACGAGACUCGCUCGACUCCGUCGACGAGGCGUUCCCCACGCGCGUCGUGCUGUGCGCGUACAUGAUCGUGGCGCACCCGGAGACGGUGCUGUCCCCCGGCAGCGAGUUACGCGACGACGAGGACGACGAGAACGAGGACGAGAACGAGAACGAGAACGAGAAGGAGGACGAAAAACGGGGAGGAUUGCGAAAAAGCAAUCGCCGGUGGGGCGGCCGCGACGGCACCCUCCACGCCUCCGCCGGACGCCUCGUCGCCGCCGUAGACGCCAUGGUCGAUACCUCCGUUAACGGCGCGAUGUCACGCCCCAGCGUGGACGCCUUCGUCGCCGCGUGGGACCCGUACUUAACCGACUUUUGCGCUUGGAAGAGCGCAGACGCCGUCGCGCUGGAGCGCGAGCUCGUCGCCGCCGCCGUCGCGCUGGAAACCUCGCACCUGCGAACGUGCGGGUCGGACAGCCGAUCUCAACCCUUCCACCCAAACUCCGACGAGGCGGCGGUGCGGGAAGCGUGCGACGUCGAUAAGGCGACGCUGCGAAGCAAGGUGGUCGCUUUGGGCGGCGUCGAAGCGGCGGCGAGGUUCGACGACGCGAUGGCGUCUGCGCUCGCGAAGGUGGAGGCGGAGGAGGACGAAAAUGCGGCGGAAAAAGUGUCGGACAAGUCGGAAACGUCGGAUACGUCGUCGUCCGGUGACGCGGAGGAGGCUGCGAGGAGGAGGAAGGAGCGCACCGCGCGGAGGAUGGACGCGCGCGCGGCGAUGCGAGAGGCGAGGACCGCGGCGUUUCGGCGGAGAGUCGCCGAGCGAGCCGCCGGCGCCGAUCCACGCGCCGCCGCCGCCGCCGCCUCCUCUGCCGGGGGCGGGCUGGCGAACGAGGCGAUGAUGCACGAGCUGCUCAUCGACCCGGACUGGAGGCUGGCGGGACCGAGCGACGCGACGCGGGCGUUUAAAACGGCACAGGACGAGCCGAACCGUCACUCCGGACGCGAACAGUCGCCGGAGUCGCGGAUCCGCGAACAGAUGGAACGCGCGUUCUGGGCGCAGGCGGUCGAAUCCAUCGCCGCCGUCGCCGACGUGGACGAACGGGCUGAACGCGACGCCGGUCCCGCGUGCGACGCCGGAAGGGCUCGGGCUCUCGCGCCCGUCGCCGAGCUCCGCGCCGAGCUCGAAUCGCUCGCUCGGACCCGCGAGGACGCCGCCGCGAUUGACGCGUUGAGGGACGACGCCGUCGCCCCGGCGCUCGGGCUGGCGGCGAGAGACCCGUCAGUUGCGGGAGACGUGUUGGGCGCCGCGAUGCGCGGCGCGGUGGCGAUGAUACGGCGCCACGAGUCCCUCCAAAGCGGCUUCGAUACCAAACGAGCCGCGGACGCUCGAGCCGACGAGGUGGAACGGUCGACGGCGGCGGAGACGGCCGCCGCCGUGACGCAUUCAAAAAACGGCGACUACCCACGCGCCGCGAGGGCGAUGGCGAGGGCGAUGACGCGAUCCCUGCGCUUCUGCUUCGAGGAGCUGCGUCGGGUGCGACGCGAGGGUGCCAACGCGGCGCUCGCCGCUUUGGCGCCCCUCGCGACGGGCGCCGAGGGCGCUCGGUGGGCGCGGCACAGGUUCGCGACCAGGCGCCGUCUGCCCGAGCCCACGUCGUCCUUCGACGCGGACGGGCGGGAGAAGGUGGAGGUGGACGCGAGGUUAGCGUCGGCGGCGCUGCCGGUGACGCGCGCGUGGCUCGCCGCGGCGGUUCCCCUGGCGCACCGCGCGGACGCGUCGCUGCCGCGGAUGCCCUCGGCGGAGGAGUGGCGGCUCAAAAACGGCUCAAAAACGCUCAAAAACGCCGGACAAAACGCCGGACAAAACGCCGGACACGACGGAAGACACGACGGAAGACCGGCGUCCCCGUCCAUCCCGACGCCGGCGUUGAUCCGUUCUGGGAGGGUUCACGCGCCGCGGAUCCCCGCUCUCCUUGCCGACGGCGAGGAGAGGAAAGUCGCCAAGCGACUUCGAGCCGACGAGGCGCUUCGACAGGCGUGGGCGCCCACGAACGCGUCCACCCCCGAGGGGCUCAGCCGCGUCGCGCUGGCGUCGUUAAUCGCCGACCCGAACCCUCACGAUCCACACCGGACGCUUCCGGAGACGCUCGAGUUCGACGCCGAGCGGUUGGCCACGCUCCAGAACGAGUUUCAGAGAAUCGCGGUAUCCGCGGCGUGCGUUAAAAUCGCGCGGGAUGCCGUCGUUCGAGCCAAGACUUUGGACAAAAGCGACGCCAAAAUCAGGGACCUCCCCGACUUUCGCAGGAGGCUGGACGUGCUCCUCGCGGACCCGACGGUGCGGGUGCCGGACCUGGCGGCGGAGAUUGCCGCGCGGGUGGCGAGGUCGGCGCAAAAACCGCCGGAGACGUUCGCAGCCGCCGCGGCGACGAGUGGCCAAAAGUACCGACCAAACUCCGUUGACGUCGCCGCCGCGGAGGCGGAACUGCGGGGACUGACGGACCCGUCCGCGCCGGGCGGGGCGGCGCUCCUCGACGCCGUCCGCGCGGCGUUGGCGACGCGGUUGCUGGUGGGACCGGACAUCGUGUCCGCGACGGGCGGGAGGGACGCGAGCGCGGCGGCGGUCGCGGCGGCGGCGCUGGCGCAGGCGCUGGCGGCGCAGGGACUGGAUGGGGAGAUUGGCGUGGCGGUGGCUGGGGACGUCAAGGCGCUGGCGGGUGGGGCGAUGCGGUCGAUCGGGCGGGUGAACUGGCUCGUGCACGGACCGAUGUACGAGUCCGUGGGAGCCGAAUUGCUGGCCGAGGACGACGAGCUCUGA